UCCAGCAGAGGGAGAGGAAGGACCAGCAGAGAGCCGGGAGAGUGAUCCUCAACAUCCCGACUGGAAGCUUCGCUCUCAGCCGAGAGGACCUGCCUGCUGCCCGGGUCUUCACUGACCAGCAGACACCUCUCUCUCUGCAGCAUUUCUGGGAGGUGAAGUGGAGACAGGCUAAUGUGCAUUUACCCAGACCUGUGGGAAUAAGGACGGGAGGACCGAGCGAUGUCUUCGCCGGGUUACACCGUCAACUACAGCCGGAAUUCGACGCUGAACGGCGGAUCGGCACCUUCCCAUCAGAACGGUCCAGCACAGACGUACCAAUCCAUGCAUCCUCCUGCUGGCUGCUAUGGAGCCCCACCUCAACAACAGAGCUACCCCACCAUCCCUGCCCAGUCCACCCCUCCCACCAAAGCCCCCCUCAUGAACAGUGCCCACAGUGCUAACUACUACCAGAGCAACCAUCAGCAGCACCUCUCUCAGCACCAUGUAGCACCCUCCUCAUACAGUGCUCCCCUGAACUCUGCACCUCCUUCUCAGCCAUAUCCACCUUCAGCACCGCCGCCAUCAAAUGCCCACUACAACCAACAAUCAUUCCAGCAGCAGCAUCAGCAGCAGCAUCCUCCAUAUGCCACUCCAGGAUCCUACUAUACACAGCAGGCAUACCAUGCUCCCCCAGCAGCAGCACAGCCCUUUCAGCAGCAGCAGCACCCCAGUUUGGUGCCUGCACCGCCUGGCGCCCCUGGAGCUCCCCUCUACCCAAUUGUUUCCUAUCCGUCUGCGCCUGGAAUUAGCCAGUACGGCACCCUGAGUUCCUCCCAGAGCACCUCCAGCCUUGGAGUCAUGCCGACCCACAUGGGUGCACCGCUGCAUCAGUACAACAGCCCUCCGCCGGCCACAACGACAGCAGUGCAGUCUGGGUACAGCGCGGCUCCUCUUAAUCAGCAGAUGCCGACAGUCAAUGGUCAAGGAAGCACAGUGCACCAACACUAUGACCAGAGCCACCAGGCGUCUCUGAGCUACGACACGUACAGCGGGGUCGUUCACAGCGGCGCUGACCCUCGGCCCUCAGGAACUCAACCAACUUCAGUGCAUUCCUCACCGGGCCACCACCAAGGCGUGCAGUAUGGAUAUGUUGCUAAUAGUGGAGCUAGCUCUGCCUCUGCCACCACCUCAGGCCCCGCCGCUGCCCCCUCGUCAUCCAGCUCUGAGGAUGAUGAUGAUGAUGAGGAGGAGGAGGAUGAGGAAGCAGGUGGAGACACUUCCUCCUCCAGUACAGGCAGUGCCUCUCCGGUGCCCAACAGCUAUGAUUCCCUGGAAGGUGGCAGCUAUCCAGAUUCCAUGCCGCCCUCCAACGAUAUGACCAAUCAGGUUGCGCCCUACGAUCACUAUGGUUACCCAAACAUGCAGCCGGCCUAUCAGCAGGGGCCAGCCCCCGCCACUGACUCCGCCCCCUCUCUUGACCCGUACGGACAGCCAGAAUACCAGCAGUACUCCCAGCCAUUCCCUAACCUGACCCAGCUGUCAGCAGCUCUGGGGGGGCUCAGUGGGGUCCCAGAACUGGAGCUGGAGGCCCUGAGUCCUGUGAACCUGAUGCAGGAGACCAGCCUGCUGCCCCCACGACCCCUCGAGGCCCCCGAGCCCAACCUCAGCGCCGACCUCAAGAAGGUCAACUGUAACCCACAUACGUUCAGGAGCACCCUGUCCAGCAUCCCUCAGACUCAGGCUCUGCUCAACAAGGCGCGCCUCCCUCUGGGUCUCCUGCUGCACCCCUUCAGAGACCUGCAGCAGUUACCGGUGAUCACGUCCAACACCAUCGUGCGCUGCCGCUCCUGUCGGACCUACAUCAACCCGUUCGUCACCUUCCUGGAUCAGCGCCGGUGGAAGUGCAACCUGUGCUACCGGGUCAACGAUGUUCCAGAUGAGUUCAUGUAUAACCCGGUCACCAGGUCGUAUGGAGAGCCUCAUAAGAGACCAGAAGUCCAGAACGCUACGGUGGAGUUCAUCGCCUCCUCGGACUACAUGCUGCGGCCUCCUCAGCCGGCAGCCUACCUGUUCGUCCUCGAUGUUUCUCACAACGCCGUGGAGUCGGGAUACCUGAAGUACUUCUGUGAAUCUCUCCUGGACAACAUGGAUAAGUUACCAGGAGACACGCGCACCAGGGUGGGCUUCCUCUCCUUCGACAGCACCAUCCACUUCUACAACCUGCAGGAGGGUCUGUCCAUGCCGCAGAUGCUGGUGGUUUCAGACAUCGAUGACAUCUUCAUCCCGUCUCAUGACAGUCUGAUGGUGAACAUGAAGGAAAGCAAGGAGCUGGUGAAGGACUUGCUGACGUCUCUCCCCGGGAUGUUCAGUCAGAGUAAAGAGACCCACAGCGCUCUCGGCCCGGCGCUACAGGCUGCCUUCAAGCUGAUGUCGCCCACCGGGGGCCGCAUCACGGUGUUUCAGACGCAGCUGCCCACGCUGGGGGCCGGAGCACUGCUGUCCAGAGAGGACCCCAACCAGCGCUCCAGCAGCAAGGCAGAGCCGACGUAUGCUUCUGUUUCAGAAUUUUGGGCAAAAGAAAAGCUGGAAGGCGUCCAGCACCUCGGCCCGGCCACAGACUUCUAUAAGAAGUUCGCUCUGGACUGCUCGGGUCAGCAGAUCGGAGUGGAUCUGUUCCUGCUCAGCUCUCAGUACGCUGACCUCGCCUCGCUGGCCUGUAUGUCCAAGUAUUCUGCGGGCAGCAUCUUCUACUACCCCUCCUUCCAUCACAUCCAGAACCCGCCUCAGCUGGAGAAGUUCCAGAGAGAUCUGGAGCGGUACCUGAGCAGGAAGAUCGGCUUCGAGGCCGUCAUGAGGAUACGAUGCACCAAAGGUUUAUCGAUCCACACGUUCCACGGUAACUUCUUUGUGCGCUCCACCGACCUUCUAUCUCUUGCUAACGUAAACCCCGACUCUGCCUUCGCGGUCCAGAUGUCCAUCGACGACUCUCUAGCCGACUCGUCUCUGGCCUGCUUCCAGGCGGCUCUGCUCUACACAUCCUGUAAAGGAAAAAGGCGGAUCCGGGUGCACACUCUGUGUCUGCCGGUGGUGAGUCAGCUGAGUGAGGUUUACGCUGGAGCGGAUGUUCAGGCCAUCACCUGCCUGCUGGCCAACAUGGCAAUCGACCGGGCGAUAACGUCCAGCCUGUCGGACGCUCGUGACGCUCUGACCAACGCCGUGGUGGACAUGGUGAGCGCCUACAAGUCCAACGUGUCCAACCUGCAGCAGUCCGGCCUCGUGGUGCCCGCCUCCAUGUGCCUCUUCCCCGUCUACAUCCUCGCGCUGCUCAAACAGAAAGCCUUGCGGACGGGCACGUGCACGCGUCUGGACGAGCGAGUGUUCGCGAUGUGUGAGUUCAAGACGCAGCCGCUGCAGCAGCUGAUGAGGCUGGUGCACCCCGACCUGUACCGCCUGGACAACAUGUCCGACCAGGGGGCGCUGCACCUGAACGACUCGGUGGUCCCUCAGCCUCCCCUGCUGCACCUGAGCUCAGAGAGGCUGAGCCGCGACGGGGCCUUCCUCAUGGACUGUGGAAACGUGUUUUAUUUUUGGAUCGGCAAAAACUGCAACGAGAUGUUCAUCAGAGACGUUCUGGGCUGUCCCAACUACGCUGCAAUACCCCAGAACAUGAGUCACAUCCCUGAGCUGGAGACCCCUCUGUCGGAGCGAGUGCGAGCGUUCCUCGACUGGCUGCAGGACAACAGAGCGUUCUGCUCCACCAUCCACGUCCUCAAGGACGAAGCUUCCUCUAAAGCCACCUUCUUCCAGUACCUGGUGGAGGAUAGCUCGGACUCGGAUUCAUCUUUAUCACAAUUCCUGGAGCAAAUUCAGCAGCAAAUGUCCAAGUAGGCUCCCGUGACACCGAGAGAAGCUCUGGCCGCUCGAAUCCUCACGGGGAGAGGAUUUGGGGGGCGCCGUAGAGAGAAAACUAGCGUUAGAAAUGGCGGACACCCAUCGCUCAUUCAGACCAGUUUUAGCGAGGCGGGUUACAUCCCGAUCCUCCAUACAUCCGUCGUAUCAAACACAUCCGGGACCGAUUUCAGACCGAGAUCUAGACCCUCCGAGGGGGGAGGGAGAUAGUUGUAGGAAAGAAGUGAAAUCAAAGAAGAACGGGGGUUUAUUCCACUCCAUAAUGAGUUAUUGAAACCCCCGUUAGCCUCUCGCUAACCCUUCGAGAACAGAAGGGUAACCGAGCCAAGAAGACGCCGCUUCAUUCUGUCAUUAGUUGUUUUUCGUGAACCUCACAUGUAGCUAGUGUUGUCUUUUUUGUUGUUAUUAUUUUAUAAUUUAUUCCCCCUCUUCACUCCUAUUUUUUUUUUAAUACACUGGAGAAAAGAAACAAGGUUUUUCCGGCAUGAAAGACGAAACGCAUGCCACCGUUUUGUUCGCUGCUAGUCCGAGCGUUAAGAAGUUUAACGGGAAUACGAAGCGACAGUGGUUGGAUGUUGAAACCCCCCCUACUCUCUGUUGCCCCCCCCCCUCUCCUCCACUGUGUGAACUCAUGAUUUAUCAAGAUCAACCCCCCCCCCCCCUCUCCACAAACUCCUCCUGAUUUGUUUUUAUCAUUUUUCCAGGCGCUAAUGAAGUUGCUAUCCACUUUGUAACUAUUGAUGAAGAGUCUUUUAUGUGCGAUAAUUUAUGAACCAGCUUAUUAAAUAAAAAACAAAAACAGAC